CUUCUCCUCCCAUCCUCCCUUUAGCUUCCUCCUUCCACCUCCAACACGAUGAAUCUCCUCACAGGCACUCUUCGUCGUUCAGCCCUGUCAAGCAGACUCACUUCACCACGUCUAACUACACGCAGUGUCCCUCUCAGACCGCAUGCGUUUACCCUCCCCCGUCUCGGAUCAUCCUCUAUUCGCCUGGCUAGCACAUCCUCAACGCCUCCACCUACAGACUCGGUAGAUGCUACGCUGAAACCACGGCCGAAAGCCAGCACACCACUACGACGCAGCGCUUCCGCGUCGGCGUCGCGCCCCAUCCGCGCGAACCCGACGCCGACGCGUAGCGCGAUUCGCCCUGUCCUGACCUUUGCCAUGGCCGAACGCUUCUUGCUACCACGCAUACGCGCACACAUUAUGACUCAUAAUGCCUCAGCUGGCAUUGAAGUACACCUGGUGCACGAAGCGCUAUGGAUUCCGCGCUGGCCUGCGUCUUCGCUGGCGGGAGACGCGACAGACGGACAGGCAAAGAAGGAAGGAGAGGGAGGCGAGGUGUUCAUCUUUGCGAAUGGCACCUUUGUCUGCUGGGGUAUGAGCGAGGAGGAGGCACAGCGCUUCUCACGCGAGGUGAUGGCACCUGCUAUGAGGGGCGCGGCGCUUGCACCGCUGCGAGAGGCGGAGACGGAGGAGCUGGAGUUUGUCACGGACCCACAUGAGCCAACACGCCUUCAAGGCGACCUGAUCAUCCUCGGCCGUGUCCAACCACUGGACUCCCCCGAGCAGUCCGACCCGUUUUUAUCCCUCCCUUCUUCCCCAUCCUCCACGGCUACCACACCCUCAAUCUCAGCCCAUCUCCCCGCUGAUACCCUCCUUCCUCGCUACGCCUUUUCCCAAGCCCUAUCGCGCUCGACCGCGCUGUCCGCACUCGAAGCCUCGCUGGACAACUUCCUCUCCUCCGUCUCACAGCUUCCCGACUCGCUCGAACGCACAGGAAAGCCCGGCAUCUCGCGCCGCGAGAUCAUCAAGAAGCUCGGCGUACUCAUGCGGUUCAGACAGGGUCUGAAUCUGAACAGGGAGAACUUCUUUGAUACACCGGAUUUGUAUUGGGUUGAGCCGGAGCUCGAGGGCUUCUUCAAGUCGAUGUCAGCGGCGUUGGAGGUGAAGGCGCGUACGAACGCGGUGAAUGACAAGAUCACGUAUGCAGCGGAGGUGCAGUCUCUCCUGAGGCAGCUCUUGACCGAGACGUCAACACAUAGCAUGGAGCUCGUGAUCAUCGCGCUCAUCGCUGUCGAGGUCGUCAUUGCUCUCAUACGCGAUGGUCCUGAGCUCUGGCACAUGGCGUUCGGGCCGCCUGAACAAGACGUGUCCGAAGGGACACCGCAGGCCGCGUAAACAAAGGACCGAGUUGCCGUUACUUUCUUGUAUAAGUCCGCACGACCUUGCCACGUUUCUAACGCAUGCUGCAUAUCAUAGAAUAAAUACAUUAGAGCACCCCUUUCAGUACUACCCACUCCACUCUUGCCGCGUCUCAUAAUACAACAA